AUGCUUCGUAUAGUUGGUGCUCGGCUGCUGUACGCGAGCUCGAGGAUACGAAUUGGUAGAGGUUUGGCAUCAAAGGUUGCUAUUGAUUCUAGUAAUCUAGAAUUCACGAAGAGAAAUGAAUUGGUUUUGAGCUCAUUGGAUAGGUAUUAUCCUUCUAUGAGUUCUAUUGAGCGUGGUAAUUUAGUCAGUAUUGAUAUAUUUUUGAAGAAGUAUGGGAGUACAUCUGAAGAUCAAUUGAACAAAAUAAACCAAAAAAUAUCAUUAUGCGGCAGGAUCAAAAGUAUACGAUUCUCAGGGAAAAAGAUGGCAUUUAUUGAUCUGGUGGAUGGAAUUCAUGGUAUUCAGUUGAUAUUAAAUUGUCGAGAAAUUGGAAAUUCGGCAACUUUCGAAAGUGAGCUGUCCUUUUUAAGGAAAGGCGACUAUGUAAUGACAACUGGUUUACCGCGAUUAUCCAAGUCAAGGAUGAAGAAUAUAUCACUUCGUUGCACAGAUUUGCCGAAGAUAUUAUCGGUCGCACAGAUGCCUCUUCCACCUAAACUUAUCGAUACGGUAAAAUCGAAUAGUAACAAAGUUGUCGACUAUCAGAUUAAUGGGUUUCAGAACAUACGAAUUAGAAGCUCCAUUUUAAAGUCUAUCAGAAACUUUUUGGAGGAACGGGAUUUCAUUGAGGUUGAAACGCCAAUAUUAUCAUCUAAAAGUAAUGGUGCCGUCGCCAAACCAUUUAUGUCAUCAUCAAAGGACUUUGAUAAACUUAUGUUGAGAGUAGCACCAGAAUUAUGGCUGAAACGUCUAAUCAUUUCAGGUUGUAAUAAGGUUUUUGAGAUAGGUAAAUCUUUCAGAAAUGAAGGUAUAGAUGGAAGUCAUAAUCCAGAAUUCACGACGUUGGAAUUCUACCAAUCUUACUUGACAAUGGAAGAUCUAAUAAAGCUAAAUGAAGACUUGUUUAAGAAGAUUAUAACAGAUCUGACUAACAAUUUAACAAUAAAGCAGUAUCUACCUGAAUCACUGUUGGAGUUAGAAGACAUAUUGAAAAGUAACAAUUGGAAAUUUAAGAGAGUUGAAUUUUUACCUACGUUAUCAAAGGAGCUAGGCGUUGACCUUUCACAAGUAAAAAUAGAGGAUUCAAAGCAAUUGCUGGAAGUCAUUCCUCAAAAAUACAAGGGCCAGUUUUUUGGAAAGUCAUCUUCGUAUUCUUCUUCCCAAAUAUUAAACAGAUUAUGUUCCGAGCUAAUUGAGGAAAAAUAUUGUAAUAGUAGUCAUCCUACUAUUAUAUAUCACCACCCAGCGGUGAUAUCUCCCCUAGCCAAGAGUAAUCCCGAUGAUUCGCGGACGACAAAGAGGUUUGAGUUAUUUAUAAAAGGUAGAGAAUAUAGCAAUGCUUAUGAAGAAGAGAACUGCCCUCAAGUCCAGUUAGAAAAAUUUGAGCAACAGGCGCGCAUGAAAGAGGACUACGGAGAUAAUGACACUCUGAGUUCGAUAGAUCAAGAGUACAUCAAUGCGAUGAAGUGGGGUAUGCCACCCAUAGGUGGCUUCGGCCUUGGAAUUGAUCGCCUGUGCAUGCUUAUCACUGGAUGCCAACGUAUUGAACAAGUACUGCCAUUUGGAACCCUGGAUGACGUAAAUAGACAGUAA